AUGUCGAUUUACCGACGAGAGGCAGCAUACCGCUUCUCCCACAAUUUUACCACGGCAGCGGCAGCAGCUCUAUGCGCUGGAGUCACAGCGUGGGGGGGCACAGGGUUGGCUCACCUGGGCGGUGAGCGUGACCUUGCGGAAGAUUGCCGAUACGCGCUGCUCGAGCGCACAACAACCAGAAUUGUCUCGCAGGCAACCGGCGAUUUAAGUGCUUUCGACCACUCUCGCUUUCCGCGCGAUAAAUUGGCAGCUAAUUGCAUGGUCAAUUUGCGACUUAACAAGGCUCUGCUGACCAACCGGUCCGGAUGGACUGAAUGCCGCUCAGACGAGCACGGCACUGCAAUCAUCGUACAGACGCUACACCGACGGCGCAAUGCAUCUCGCAGAAGCCUGCCAACCAUCGCUCUUGUCUCCAAGACCUUUCUGCCUGUAAUGCCUUUACUUCGCCCUUGA